CACAGCGGAGACAACAUCGAAACCCAUUCUGUACCAGAGUCGUGAUAACGGAAUUUAAUACAUUUGACCUAAUACGCCUGGAUUUCACUGUGGAACAUGGAUCUCCUAAACUGCUCCUCAGUGGAACUGUCAGAUGCUGUUGCUGGUCGACUCGGCCUCGGCAAGGUGCUACUCUCCCUCAUGCUCUCUGUCCUGGCUGUGGCCACCACCAUCAUCAACUCCCUGGUGAUCACCGCCAUCUUGGUCACCCGCAAGCUGCGCCAGCCAGCGAACUACCUGAUCUGCUCACUGGCCGUGACCGACCUCCUGGUGGCCGUGCUGGUGAUGCCGGUCAGCAUCGUGUACAUCGCAGAGGAGGCGUGGGUGCUGGGCCCCACUGUUUGCCACCUGUGGCUGGGCCUGGACGUCACCUGCUGCACCUGCUCCAUUCUGCACCUGGCAGCGAUCGCCCAUGACCGCUAUCGCGCCAUCACGGACGCCGUGGCCUACUCGCGCAAGCGCACAUCCCACCGUGCCGCCGCCACUGUGGCCGCGCUGUGGGUGCUCUCCGUGCUCGUUUCGCUCCCCCCCCUUGUGUGGAGGAGGCUCCCCGAAUCGAGCAGCGAAGGCGGGGCUGACGCGGUCACCGAGUGCCUGAUUGAGCACGACCAUGUGGCCUUCACCGUCUAUUCCACGUUUGGUGCUUUCUACAUCCCGCUCACCCUCAUCCUGGUGCUCUACUACAGGAUCUACCGGGCAGCGCAGAUGCUCCGCAACCGGCGAGGGAGCAGCCGGCUGGUCCAUCAGACGGUCAGCAGCGUCAUGCUAGCCAGCGGGAACACUGACAAGGUUGCCCCGCUCAGCCCGGACACGCUCAGCCCCGUGGAGAAGUCCUUCUCUGAACCGUCCGUGGACGGAGACCGCUUCAAGAUCACGCCCACUACGGGGAGGCUGAUCAGGGCCCGGCGGGCCCCCGGGGUCCGGGAGAGGCGGGCAGCCCUCACGUUGGGCCUCAUCCUCGGAGCGUUUGUCGUGUGCUGGCUGCCGUUCUUCCUGAAGGAGGUCAUUGUGAACACCUGCCCCUACUGCAGUGCCUCGGCUGUGCUCGUGGACUUCCUUACCUGGCUUGGAUACCUCAAUUCCCUUAUCAACCCACUUAUAUACACCAUCUUCAAUGAAGACUUCAAAAAAGCUUUCCAGAAACUCCUGCCCCUCUGUUGCAUCCACUACCAGUGAAGAACACAGAACUGUUCUUUUGGAACUCUGGAUGACAUAAAUAUAUUACAGUAAUGCAAUCCUCGAGACUUUUUGACAAUUGUACAAAUGUAUAUGUAAGGUUUUAUUUUUUAAAUUGGACUGAUUGGGGAGAGAAAUAAAAAUGGAAUUUCCCAGCUCAGACUAUUUAAAGAAUAGCCAGCACUGAGGAUGCAGACAAACAGGGGAAAAAAACCCCCACAAUAUAUGUCAAUAUUAAGGAGUGAGGCUGGCUUUUGUCUUCAGAAGAGUUUCAGCCCUUCUUACAAUGUCGAUAUACAUAUUCUGAAUAAUUACUUUGGAAAAAAUUUAACCAUUCUGUGAGAAAAUAGUCUCUCCAUCAUGUUUGACAGUUGGGAAUGAAAUGUAGGUCAAAGGCUUCUACAAGCUUUUCAAAAACAUUAAGGCCCACUGCAUAUGUAUUUUUGUGCAUAUAUUGCUGUGAUUACAUCACAGUAGCUGUACCAUCUUCAGUACUAUGACCACUGAUGGUCAUGACUUCAGAAGGAAUGGACCAACAAAGAGUCACAAUACUUUGAUGGUUUCUGAGGCCAUUUUUAUUUAUCAUGUGCAAGUGUCCAUCUCUGUCAGCAAGCCUCAACUUGCAAGCCCUUGAAGCAGAGUUUCUAGGUUUGGUAUGUAGUGUUGCAAUUGUAGCACUAUUGUGAUACCAUUUCUAGCUAAAAUAGAUGCAAUUGGGCCUGCCCCAGAUAUUCAACCAUGUUAAACAUUCUUGCAAAAC